GUUGCAGAUAUCAAGAGAGUUAACAAUCUUAUCAAUGAUCAAGAUUUUUUUGCCCUGAGGUCUGUCAAAAUUCCAGUGAAAAAGUUCAGUGUAUUGACUGAAACACAUGUCUCUCCAAAAGGAAGACCAGUCAUUCGGCCUGCUCAUUUUUCUCCAGAAGUGCAGGAAACAUCAGCUGAUAAAUUCCCUGCUAAUGAGACUGCUGGCAACUUCUUAAAAGAAGUGGAUCGAGAUAUAGAAGAAAUAGUCAAGUGUAAUGAUACGAAGAGAGAGAAUCUUAAUGAAGUUGUUUCUGCCUUAGCAGGCCAACAGAUAUGCUUUGAAAGCGAUGGCAAAACUAAAAAAUGCAAGGAUCCUUACUAUGGAGCAGAUUGGGGUAUAGGAUGGUGGACCGCUGUAGUGAUUAUGUUGAUCAUUGGCAUAGUAACACCAGUUUUUUAUCUCCUGUAUUAUGAAGUUCUAGUGAAAGCAGAUGUCAGUCACCAUUCUACCAUGGAAUCUUCUCAUUUGUUUGUCACAGCAGCAUCGCAUCAGAAACAAAUAGAAAAUGGAAUAAACCCAGCGAAUAUUAUAAAUGUUGAUAAUCAAGGAGACCUUCAGCCUUAG